GCGGCGCGUGGGCCCCCGCGCUCGGCUCCCGCGCCGGCCGGGUCAGGCGGGUGGCGGCGGGGACGCGCAGGUGGCCGGUGCGGGAAUGACGGAGCGCGGCGGGCGGUGCGGGAUGACGGAGCUCGGCGCGGCGGCGCUGAUCCGCGAGGGCUGGUUCCGUGAGACGUGCCGGCUGUGGCCGGGGCAGGCCAUGUCGCUGCAGGUGGAGGAGCUCCUGCACCACCAGCGCUCCCGCUACCAGGAGAUCCUCGUCUUCCGCAGCACCACCUACGGCAACGUCCUGGUCCUGGACGGGGUGAUCCAGUGCACGGAGCGGGACGAGUUCUCCUACCAGGAAAUGAUCGCCAACCUGCCCCUCUGCAGCCACCCCGACCCCCGCAAGGUGCUGAUCAUCGGUGGCGGCGACGGGGGAGUGCUGCGAGAGGUGGUGAAACACCCGACCGUGGAGUCCGUGGUGCAGUGCGAGAUCGAUGAGGAUGUGAUCCAGGUAUCCAAGAAGUACCUCCCAGGGAUGGCAGUGGGGUAUUCCAGCGCAAAGCUGACCUUGCACGUGGGAGACGGUUUUGAGUUCAUGAAACAAAAUCAAGAAGCCUUUGAUGUGAUUAUCACGGACUCAUCUGACCCCAUGGGUCCUGCAGAAAGCUUAUUCAAAGAAUCCUACUACCAGCUGAUGAAGACAGCCCUGCGAGAAGAUGGGAUUCUUUGCUGCCAAGGUGAGUGCCAGUGGCUGCACCUGGAUCUCAUUAAGGAGAUGCGUCAGUUCUGCAAGUCUCUGUUCCCAGUGGUGGAAUACGCCUAUUGCACCAUCCCCACGUAUCCCAGCGGGCAGAUUGGCUUCAUGCUCUGCAGCAAAAACCCGAACACGAAUUUCCGGGAGCCUGUGCAGCAGCUCUCACAGCAACAAGUAGAGGAGAGGAGUCUCAAAUACUACAACUCUGACAUCCAUCGGGCAGCUUUCAUUCUGCCGGAGUUUGCACGGAAGGCCCUGAGCGACGUGUGAGACUGAGAAGCUGCUUCCUUCCUUCAAGUUGGACCCUGAGAUCAUCGGUGACGUGGUUGGGACCUUCCCAGCAGACUGCAGAUUUGCUCUCCACUGUGUGGGAUUGUUUAACCCUUUGCCAGCCAACACUCCCUUUGAUGAUGUGUUAAAGAUGAUGGUGCAUAAGCCAGAUAAGACUAUUGAACAGGUCCGCUGACUUAAUGCGUGAGGUCAAAACUGUUCUUUCCAGUGCUGGAAACGUAAGAUGUCUUUUUCCUUUCUCUCCGUUCUAAAUUCUCCCCUCCCUGUGGCCCCCAUCCCACCUCCACCCCCUGCAACUGACAUGAUGUAUUUAUAACUGACACUUAUUUCUGUCUGGUGAUCUUCUGAAACCUGGGAGGAGUGCAGAAGGGUCACUGCCUCAGCCUUAAGCACAGAGAGCAAGAGCUCUGUGCCCAGAGUUGUUGCUCUCUCCUGAUAGGAGCUCCCUGCUGCUGAGACGUUUUGACUGGUAACGGGUCUGAGCCUUCAUGUCCCACUGCCCUUCUGCGACACCUGCACUGUUCUGCAGCACAGUUGGAGAAGUCACAGUGCAAACUGUUGCCAUUCACAAUAGGUCUCCCUCCAACCCUGAUGGAGUAGCAGUAUUAAACACCAGCCAGGCAGGCUGGCAGCAAAGUCUUGUGGCUUCUUUUUUGGAAACAGAAGUGCUGAGGGAGGAGCAGGCUGACUCCUGUUCUUACUCUGCCUCCGAGUGGUUCCAAAGAAUGUUUAUCAAUAUGGUGAUAGGCGCUUUAUAUAUAUAAAUAUAAAUAUAUCUAUAUGAAAACCAAACCUUAGAUCCAUUGCCUGCUGUUAAGUACUGAUGCUGGGGAGUCAGUUGUGCUGACAAAUCUCUCAUCUCGAUCAUGCUGGGAUGCCUCAAGCCUGGGUAUUUGCUAGUCCUUAGGAGGCCUCAUUAUUUCUAAUGCUGCCUCCAGAAUCCCCAGAUGCACAAGUUGUUUCUCGUUGUACUCUAUCGUGAGAUGGAUCUGCCUCCACUUCUUUACUUCUGCUUUUAAGACUCCAUACCACCGCUGUGCAGUGGGUAUCUCCCCAGCACAAGCACUGCGGUGCUCACUCCCUUGCACUCAAUUAAACACUCGGCUCUGGUUAAGGUGA